AUGGAGAAGACGGUGUGUAUAGUUGGAGCCGGGGUGAGUGGACUGGCGGCCUGCAAGUGCGUGAAGAAGAAGGGCUUCCGGUCCGUUGUCUUCGAGGCCGGCGCCGUGAUCGGGGGACUUUGGACGCGCACCUUCGCCUCGACGAAGCUGCAGACGCCCCGGGACGGGUACCGUUUCUCCGACUUCCCGUGGCCGGAGGAGGUGACGGAGACCUUCCCAAGCCACGCGCAGGUAGUUGACUACCUCCGGGCCUACGCCGAACAGUUCGAUCUCCUCCGCCACAUCAAGUUCAACUCAAAGGUUCUCGGGAUCGACUACGCCGGCGUCUCGGCGGAGGAGAUGCCCUCGUGGGAACUUUGGGCCGGUACGGGCGAGGCCUUCGGUGGUGGCUCUGCCGGGAAAUGGCGAAUCUCCGUGUUACACGCUUCCGGCGAGGAUUCCACUACAGAGGUAACAACUGCCAUCUCUCAUUUAAUCAGCAUCUUUUACCCCCAAAGCUCACCAUCUCGCCAGACUUUCAUUUUCGAGAUUGAAUUUAUAGAAUUUUCUGGUUCAUCACGCUAUCUGGAUUACGCAGUAGCAUUUUUGAGAUUGGCUCCAUGCUCAGAUGCAGUCAAAACCUAAUAAAUUGAACGCACAAAAUUAACUCAUCAUUAAUUAUAAUGAUGAGUUAAUACUAUAAAAGCCAAGUUUUUUUUCCUUUUCUACUGCAGGCCUAAAUCCUACUUGGCCUGGGCAGAUCAAAUAAGCCAUGUUGUGGUUGAACCCAACAAUCCUCACUAGUCUUUACUCAGAUUCUGAUUUGUGAAUUGGGCAUCCUGUUCUUGAAUUUAUUUGGUUUGGGAUUUUUCAAAUCAUGUGUAUGAAGUGGACUUUCUGAUUCUAUGCAUCGGCCGCUUCAGCGACGUGCCCAACAUCCCAGAAUUCCCACCGAAAGAAGGCCCCGAAGUCAUUCUAGCGAACAGGUAGCUUGCUGAUUUCUUUAAGAGAUUUUUUAAAUUUUGAUACCCUUCUGGUUCCUGCUAUUUUAGGAGACAGGUACCCAUGCACGAUGGCCGGCAGGACUCGCCGAUGGCUUUUGGAGGACUAUUCUGCUUGGGGCAUCCCCAUCGUCUUGUUCUACACGAUCGCUUCUCAGAGCUUCUGGUUCACAAACCCGACGAAGGGCUGAUGCUCAGCCUCUUGGCAAGCCUGCUAACUCCUCUGGUACUCGCCUCCCUCGUAAAUGUAGCCAACCAACUUUAUGGACGGAGUUUACCCACCCAUCUUAGUAACUCGAAAGUUUUAUGUGCAUAAAGUCCAAAAUAUGAACUCCAUUAAUACACUCCAGUGGCAGACCCUCGAUCGGCUCUCAUACCUUGUUCGAAUGUCGGGCCAUCGGAAUCAGAACCAGUUGGAUGCAAGUGCCGUAGGAUUAUUCAUCCAUGUGACUGCCAAAAUUUUCAUUUUUCCUUUCUAGUUUGGGGUACGCUCAUCUAGCUGCGUUCGCGAAUUCUUUCUUGGGAUCGUCAAGUUAAUUACAGAGACGGUUCAGUGAGGCAUUCUGUGUGGGAGUUGAUAGUGGACUGGUUUUUAUUGAUUUUUUUAUCUGAUUACACCAUUAUCAUCUUAUCUCAGAGUUGGGUUUUUUCCAAAUUUGUCGAGAGCUACUGCAUGUGGAAGUUCCCGAUGAGGAAGCACGGCAUGGUGCCGGAUCACGACUUCUUCCAAGAGAUGACCACAUGCUCGGCAGCGUUGCUGUCUGAGAAAUUCUACGACAGGGUGGAAGAAGGAAGCAUUUUUCUGAGAAAAUCACAGAGAUUCCGCUUCCACGAGGAGGGCGUGAUCGUCGACGAUGAAGACAAACCCAUCGAGAGCGAUCUCGUGAUCCUGGCCACCGAAUUCAGGGGUGACCAGAAGCUCAAGAACAUCUUCACCUCCGACGAUUUCCGGGACAAACUGAUGGGCCCGUCUUCUACCAUCGCCCUCUACAGGUAGGCCCUUCUUCCCUUACUCUUACUGGCAUCGGAGACCAUACCGUCGGAAGGAGAAAAGAUGGGGAAACUGGCCACAGGCCUCAUUUCCAUGGCUUGUCUACGGUCCUACAAUCCUCGCUUGCAGACUCAAGAACCCUUCCUCCGGACAGGGUUACCAUCCACCCGCGGAUUCCACAGCUGGCGAUCCUCGGUGACUCGGAGAGCCUGUCGAAUAUCUACAUGUCGGAGAUCAGGCCCAAGUGGCUUCUCGACGGAGGCUUCCGGCUGCCGAGCAUAAGAUCGAUGGAGGAAGACGCCAUCAGGGAGGAGGGGGACGGGGGCGGGGCCUCCGUGGCAGCAGUAAAUAGGCCCUCUCCACUCUCAAACUCUGUUCUUCGCGAACUGCAUCGUAUUUUGUCGAAGGUUGAGGAUGUGCUGGAGAAAAUGGCAGCCUUCAUUUUUGACUAA